GUUGCAAAGAUAUGGAACCUCACCUGCGGCUCGUAACCGGCACAAUAGAUCGAGUGUUCACCGGUCGACAACCGUGGCAGAUCGUUGCCAUCACCACGACAACGGUGCUCGGUACAGUUUGGCUGUGUCAGGUGCUGUUUCAGGACGAAAGCCUUUAUCAACGAGCAAAGAAGAAGGUGUUCAAGCUAGCCCGCCUGAUACCGGCCGUCCGGCGGAGGGUCGACGCCGAGAUCCAGAAAAUAAACGACGGUUUCAUCAAGGACAUUAGCCAGGCGGGUAAUUACUAUACCGAGCUGCCGAACGAUGGUAUGAGCCAGGAGGAAAUACUCAACCAGGUGGACCAAUACCUCGAGCUGGGCCACUAUCGAUGGAAGGAAGGUUUCAUCUCGGGUGCGGUGUAUUACUACAAUCCCGAGUUGAUACGGCUCGUUACGGAGGUGUACGGUAAAGCAUCCUAUACCAAUCCGCUGCAUCCGGAUGUGUUCCCGGGUGUGUGCAAAAUGGAAGCGGAAGUGGUCCGUAUGACGGCUACCCUGUUUCACGGUGGCCCCAGUGCGUGCGGUACCAUGACAACCGGUGGAACCGAAUCGAUUAUGAUGGCCUGCAAAGCUUACCGUGACUAUGCAAACGAUCGGCGUGGCAUAAGCAAACCGAACAUGGUACUACCGGUAACAGCUCACACCGGGUUCGAUAAGGCGGCGAAGUACUUGGGCAUCUACACGAAGGUUGUCCCCGUGAAUGCGGAAACGACCGAAGUGGACAUUCGCGCGAUGGAGCGUGCCAUCAAUCGAAACACGGUCAUGCUAGUCGGAUCCGCACCAAACUUCCCGUACGGUACGAUGGACGAUAUCGAAGCGAUUGCAGCACUCGGACGCAAAUACAACAUUCCGGUCCACGUAGACGCCUGUCUGGGUGGGUUUCUGAUCGUGUUUAUGAAGCGUGCCGGCUAUCCGGUACGGCCGUUCGAUUUUAGCAUACCCGGUGUGACGAGCAUUUCGGCCGACACGCACAAGUAUGGUUUCACGCCGAAAGGUUCGUCCGUUGUGCUGUACUCGGAGAAGGUUUACCGGCACUAUCAGUACACCGUGACGACCGAAUGGCCGGGUGGUGUGUAUGGAUCACCAACAGUGAAUGGUUCAAGGGCUGGUGGCAUUAUUGCCGCUACCUGGGCCACUAUGAUGAACUUUGGACUGGAUGGUUACGUAGAGGCAACGAAGCGUAUCAUCGACACUACGCGUUACAUCGAGAAAGAACUUCGUGCCAUAAAAAGCAUUUUCAUCUUCGGUACCCCAGCAACGAGUGUGAUCGGUAUCGGGUCGCGUGAUUUCGACAUCUUCCUGCUCGGUGGAGAGUUGAGCAAUUUGGGCUGGAAUUUGAACUCGCUCCAAUUCCCAUCUGGCAUUCACAUCUGCGUGACGUACAUGCACACGGAGGCUGGCGUGGCGGAUAAGUUCGUUCAGGAUGUGCGCACCAAGGUGGCGCUAAUUAUGCAGAAUCCCACCAAGCCCGUCGAGGGCAAGAUGGCCAUCUAUGGUGUCGCCCAGUCGGUACCGGAUCGGGCAUUGAUUGGAGAUUUCACCAAGUGCUUUAUCGAUUCCAUGUACUAUACGCCGGUCGAUAAGAUGGCCGGUGGCAAGUAG